UAGACUUUUUCUCCUUCUUAUAUCAUCUCUGCAAAAAGUACUCAAUCCACUGCCUUCUGCAUUACACACCAAACCCCAAAAACUGCACAGAAACAAUGGCAGGUGGAGGAUUUGCUGACGAUGGACCCCUUAAAAGAGCUCAUCUGUAUGAGUAUAAGAUUACCAGUUACUUCGUUUUUGCUUGUAUAGUUGCAGCUCUCGGUGGUUCUCUCUUUGGCUAUGAUCUUGGUGUUUCUGGUGGAGUAACUUCCAUGGAUGAUUUCUUGAAGGAUUUCUUCCCAAAAGUGUAUAGAAGGAAGCAAGAGCAUCUUAACGAGACAGAUUACUGUAAAUAUGAUAAUCAACUCCUCACACUCUUUACAUCCUCAUUGUACUUCGCGGCUCUUGUUUCUACAUUCGGAGCUUCACAUAUUACCCGAAACAAAGGCCGAAGAGCUAGUAUUCUUGUCGGAUCAGUAAGCUUCUUUUUAGGAGCAGUUCUCAACGCAGCUGCGGUUAACAUUUUGAUGCUGAUCAUCGGACGGAUUUUUCUUGGCAUAGGCAUUGGAUUUGGCAAUCAAGCAGUUCCGUUGUAUCUUUCCGAAAUGGCUCCAGCGAAAAUCCGAGGAGCUGUGAACCAAUUGUUUCAACUGACAACCUGCUUAGGCAUCCUGAUUGCGAAUCUUAUAAAUUACGGAACAGAAAAAAUCCAUCCAUGGGGAUGGAGGCUAUCGCUGGGAUUGGCAACGGUUCCUGCAACUCUAAUGUUUAUCGGAGGUCUUUUCCUCCCCGAAACUCCGAAUAGUCUGGUAGAGCAAGGAAGAUUAGAAGAAGGUCGAAAAGUACUAGAGAAAAUUAGAGGGACAACUAAAGUUGAUGCAGAGUUUGAUGAUCUUAUCGAUGCAAGCAAUGCAGCAAGAGCAAUAAAGCAUCCAUUCAAGAACCUUCUCAAGCGAAAGAAUCGUCCACAAUUGAUCAUAGGAGCUUUAGGAAUCCCUGCAUUCCAACAGUUAACCGGCAUGAAUUCUAUACUGUUUUACGCUCCUGUCAUAUUUCAGAGCUUAGGUUUCGGUUCUGGUGCAUCUCUAUAUUCAUCAACCAUAACAAGCGGAGCUCUUGUUCUUGGUGCCCUCAUUUCAAUGUCUUUAGUAGACAAAUUUGGCAGAAGAGCUUUCUUUCUUGAAGCUGGAACUGAAAUGUUAUGCUACAUGGUUGCUGUGGCAGUAACACUGGCAGUAAAAUUCGGACAAGGAGUAGAGCUUCCAAAAGGAAUCGGAAUCUUCCUAGUAAUCAUCAUUUGCUUGUUCGUCUUAGCUUACGGAAGAUCGUGGGGUCCUCUCGGUUGGCUAGUUCCGAGCGAAAUCUUCCCAUUGGAGACGAGAUCAGCAGGGCAAAGCAUAGUGGUGUGUGUGAACAUGUUAUUCACAGCUCUAAUAGCACAAUGUUUUCUGGUGUCACUCUGUCACCUUCGAUAUGGAAUAUUCUUGGUGUUUGGUGGCUUGAUUUUGAUAAUGAGUAGCUUCAUUUUCUUCCUCCUGCCAGAAACAAAGCAAGUGCCCAUUGAAGAAGUGUAUCUUCUAUGGCAAAAUCAUUGGUUCUGGAAGCGCAUUGUCGGAGAUCAUCAAGUCGAGUUAGAUGAGAAAAACACAAGACAAGUUUAACAAUAUUUGCUGAAUGCUGUAUUCUGUUUAUCAAUGUAUGAAUUAUAGAAUCUUUUAACAAACAAUAAAAAAAACAUUCAGUUACUGGCUAA